AUGACCGACCCCACCCGUAGCUAUAACAACACCGACUACCCGUCCAUCCCUUCCGUAGCAGGAUCGGCCAAGAAGAACACCCAACCGAUCAUAGACGCCCUAAGACCAUACAUCGAGAGGUCUUUAACUUCAACAGUUCCAGUUCCAGAUGAACGGGCUGCAACAGGUCCGCACGGAUCGGAUCCGCAGGGCCUGGGUCCUCAGGGGUUGGGAUUCAAAGAGGACUGGACGACAAGACCAGAGACAGGACAUGGAAAUAAAAUCAGACCGAAGAUCCUAGAACUAGCUAGCGGGACGGGCGAACACCUAGCCUCCUACGCUACCGAGUGGGACGGGGUGGACUGGGUAGGGAGUGAGAGGGAGAGGAGCGAAACGAACAACAUCUUACCCCCAGUACAGCUGGACGUCUUGAACGACGCGGAUUGGGAAGGGGUCCGGGGGCGGUAUGGCCGUGGUUGGGGGAGCGAAGAUACACAAGAGGCGGAGCAUGGAGGAUUCGAUGGGAUGAUCAUCAACAACCUCCUCCACUGCGCCCCCUUCCCCGUGACCCCCUCUUCCAUCUUCCGGCACGCAACAACCCUGCUCAAACCCGCUGGAUGGAUCAGUUUCUAUGGAGCUUUCAGGGGGGACGAUGGGGGGUUUGAGAGUGAGGGUGAUCGGAAGUUCCACGAACGCUUCAUCUCCCUCGACCCGACCUUCGGACUCCGGACGAUCCCUUCCAUCCAACGAAUCGCCGAGGAAAACGGAUGGCGGAUGGUAGAACGGAAGGGGAUGAUGAGUGGGAACUGGAUGGUGUUCUUCGAACGAUCCAUUUAG